AUUAUAGAAGUAACAGGUCGCGAAAAUAAAAAUGUACAAAUAUAUUUUUACAGGCUUUGUGUUGGCCACAUUGGUUACUGAAUUGUAUGCAAAAAGUUUCAUGGACUGUCCAGAUCCUGGAAAAGCAAAAGUAACAGUAUAUGACAACGAAGUAUCUACAACAGUUGUGGGUAGUGCAAUUAAAGUACGUGUUCCAGAUACAUUCUUUCUAACGAAGCCUAUAACGUGUAUAACAGUUUUUGAUAAUGAAGAAAGUGAUAGCGUUCCGGUGAUAGAAGAAGGAGGUGUUAAUCAAGAAUAUGUAAUUAUUUCUAUACAACCAUCAAUUACAGAGCUUCUUAGUUUCAGAAUAGUUGUAUAUACUGAUGUUUGAUAAUUUGAUACUAUAUUUAGUGUUAAUUGUAUUAAAAAAAUCUGAAUAAAAAAGUGAAAAUGAAAA